GCUCGUGGCGGACGCAGUUCACAUGCGGUAAUGGGGAGUGCACGCUGUCCGCGGCCGUCCCGCCGCCUCCUGUGCGUGCUGCUGGUGCUGGCCGCGGCCGUGCCGGUGGUGCUCCACCUGCGGUCACCACCCCCGCGGCACCGCGACCACCUGGGCGCGCCCGCGCUGCGCCCGGUCCAGGCGGUGCACACAAACCGACAGCUUCACCAGCAGGUGAAGACUCCGCCCCCGGAUGGCGGGCACGACAGGGCGAAGCAGGCCUGGGUCGUCGACACAGAGGGCUGCCGCAUCCCACACCUGGACGCCAACAGCAGCGAGGUGGCCCCCUUCGUGGCCGACUACGAGCUGGGAGCCUGCGACGACCCGCCGCCCCUGGUGCGCUCCACCGACACGACCCUGUUCGUGGACUCCGAGGCGCUGGCUGCCUACGGCGUGCGCUCGCCCUCCGAGCUGCGCUGCUGCUACACCCCGAUGUGGAGGGUGCGGCCCAACGUGACGGUGGCCGACUGGCGCCCCGGCCUCACGCUGCCGCCCCCGCACCUCCGCAAGGGCCCCCUCUACGACGGGGUGUCCUACGGCAACGACAUUCGGUUUGGCGAGAGGUGCGAGCCCUUCUUCAAGCCCACGGUAGUCGCGCACGAGUUCGUCCGCGCCAACUGCGCCGUGUUCCCAGCGGGCAAGGGGGUCAGCCGCCACGUCGACUACCACGCCUUCGUGCCGGUGAAGGCCCCACGCGGCCACAAGGGUGGAGUCGGGGACGCGCGGCUGGCCGUGUCGGACAACAGCCUCAACGUCUUGAUCGUGGGCGUGGACUCUGUUUCGAGGCUCAACUUCAUCCGCACGAUGCCGAAGACGCGUGCCUUCCUGGAGCAGCACCUCGGGUUGCAGGGCAUGCUGGGCUACAACAAGGUGGAGGACAACACCUUCCCGAACCUGAUCCCCCUGCUGUCGGGGAUGAGCGUGCCCGAGCUCCGGAAGGCAUGUUGGGGGGACGCAGAGGGAAGCACCAACAAUGCGCACUUCGACGCCUGCCCCUGGAUAUGGAAGCGCUUCAACGAGGAGGGGUACGUCAACAUGUUCUCGGAGGACACGUCGUGGAUGGGGCUGUUCCACUACUACAAGAAGGGCUUCAUUCAACAGCCCACGGACUACGACCCCCGCCCGCUGCUGUUCCGCGGCGAGACCGACCUCGCCCGCAAGAAGAACCACGCCGGCACGCCCGUGUGCGUGGGCCAGCGCUACGCGCUGGACGUGCUGUUCGACUACGGCCUGAAGUUCGCGAGCGUGAUGCGGCGCCAGAGGAGGAAGUUCUUUGGCAUCGUGUGGGGCACGUCGCUGUCGCACGACAGCGUCAACUCGCCGGUCGCGGCCGACGAGAUGUACGCGCGUUUCCUCGCCGACCUGGAGGCCACGGGCGUGCUCAACAACACGGCCCUGGUGUUCAUGAGCGACCACGGCCUGCGCUUCGGCGAUAUCCUCACGACGAGACAGGGACGCCUGGAGGAGAAGCUGCCCCUCAUGUACGUCUCACUGCCCGGCUGGGUACUGGAAAGGUACCCGCAAGCGGCGCGCAACCUGCAUCGUAACAAAGACAGGCUGGUGACCGUGUACGACCUGCACGUCACUAUGCACGACCUGAUGCAUUUGUCCUCUUUGGAGACUCCGAGACAAGUGUCGCGGCCCUAUCCGCGAGGGCUGAGCAUGUUCACGCCGAUACCCCCCGAGCGGACCUGUGAUGCGGCGGGCAUCCCGAAGCACUACUGCGCCUGCCAGGAAUACGACGACGCGCCCACAGAUGAACACAGAGUGACCCAGGUGGCCGAGUUUCUUCUGGCUGAGGUCAACGCUCAGCUCCAGGCCAGCCCUCUCCGCAAGGCCUGCUGGCAGCUGAGCCUGGACGCCGUUCAGGACGUCCGCGGCGGGCCCCUGAGGACCCGGGGCGGGGCCGUGGCCCUGGAGCACGUGUACGAGCUGGUGGUCAGGGCCCGACCCGGCGGCGCACUGCUGUCCGCAACAGUCGUGUACCGGUUGGGCACCGCCACAAUGAAGCUGGACGGCACCGUGAGCCGCAUCGAUCACUACGGGGCCCAGGGGUGGUGCAUGACUGACUUCAAACUAAAAAUGUUUUGCCACUGCAAGCGGUCAUUGCCAACCGCAGACUCGGAUAUAAUACAAACAUUUUGAUUUUCAUUACAAUAGGUAUCUCAAUACAGAUGCCUAAAUUUGUGUUAAUGGCCAUCUAAGUCUAACAUAAGACAAGUGAAAAGUUUGUUCAUAACAUGACAAGCUGCCAAAUUGCAGAUAACAGUAGAUGCAAUUUUUAGUUUGCUCCUAGCUACUACUAUUAACCUCGUGAGUCACCAUCUUAUCUAUGGAUAAUUUUGGUCAUUCAUAAUUUUAAAAUAAUAAUGUCAAUUCAAUACUUGAAAUGUAUCAAGUCUCAAUAACUCUUCAACACUCAAUUCUGGAUAUUUUGAUCAGUGGUCAUAACGUAAAAAUUUCAAAGUAAUGGAUAAAAUAUAUUAAUCCCUCAUCAGGGUUAGCUGCAUAUGAUGCAAUGAAGAUUUCAGUCAAUGAUAAAUUAUUAGCAAUCAAGGGUGCAAUAUGAAGUUGCAGGAAUGUUCAAAUUAAACAAGAUCUUAGGAUUUUUUUUAUUUUUUUAUUUAAGAGGAAGUCCUAAGUUAGAUCCUUGAGGGGUACAACAUCUGGAACAAACAAAAACAGAAUUAAUAAAAUAUCAAUUGAGUCAA